AUGAGAGAGCUCUCGCUCCUUCUCUUUCUUUCCGUUUCCGUCAAUCUCGCACUCGCCAACGAUCAUGACCAUUCGGUACGGUUUUUUGGGGGGUUUAUCGGAUGUACGUUUUGCACUUUUUCCAGUUGAAACACGUACAAAAGAGGCACGACAUUCCGUUGGAGUUCAUCAUGAACUCGCACGAACACUCGGACAUUCGCCGAUCCGUUCGCCUCGAAAAGGACAUUUCGGUGCAGCGGAUGGCCUCGGAUAAAGUGGGUUACUGUAGAAGAACUAUGUAGUUUUCUGUCUCCAUGAGAGUAGAAGUCUGCGAUACGUAGGAUUACUGUAGUCACGGGGACACUCUAGGAUUACGGUGUGUGUGUGUGUGUGUGUGUGUGAUUGUUCAUUUUUCAGUUUGUGGUCCGUCGUGACGAGCCGGGAAGCAAGGCGUUCGAUUCAACAGAAGUUACUGGCGAUUCGGAGCCGGUGCCCGACAAAUUCGACCAGCCUUCCUACGAUUUUAUGCUGCCAGAGGGUCGAGCAGAGGUACCGUAACCAGAGUUGAGCGGAAGAACUCAACGGAACAAUUUUUAUCUUUUUUUGGAAAUUUUUUCAUGAAAUGUGAUCAACUGACGAAAUGUAGAGCAAAGUGAACUCUGCGCAUAGAAAAAUAAUUGUAAAUUUAGCUUUUCAUACAAAAAAGUUAUUCGAGUUGUGGCGUUAGCCCCCUUUUUUCACGCAACAACUCGAAUAACUUUUUUGUAUGCAAAGCUAAAUUUACAAUUAUUUUUCUAUGAGCACAGUUCACUUUGCUCUACAUUUCGUCAGUUGAUCACAUUCCGUGAAAAAAUUUCCAAAAAAAGAUAAAAAUUCUUCCGUGUUCGUCCGACCGUAACCCUUGCCUCUCCCUUCAACUUCAUCCACUCUCAUCUUUUGCGCCCUUCCAGAAGUCGACAAUCCUGGCCGUCGUGGACUUUAUCACGAAAAAGCACAACGCGCCGCCGACGUUCGCGGUGAAUUUCGACGAGAAUCAGUGGUUCGACGUUGGAAGUGUGGAGAAGACGACGGCGGACAACGCGGACGUCUACAAGGCGACGGUCAUUCUCAGGGAGGGCGCCGACGUCGCGAUUCUGAAGACCGACGGCGGUGUGUACAAGUUUGUGGUCGAGGCGCAGCAGGGAGAGGCUGUGCUCGCGUCAACGAACAUUGCCGUCGACGUGCUGAGCUUGGCGCCGACUACAAAAAGGAGCAGGGUGGUUACGGUGCCGUCGGAGCCGACGAUUCUCGAGACGGAAGCGGGGGUUACGGUGGCUUUGACGACUUCUGAAGCGUCUACUACUCCAGAAUCUUCUGAGAGUUCAUCUGAAGAAGCGCCGACCACUUUGGAGUUGCCAACUUCUGAAGAUCCGACGUCGCCUGAGGAUCUUUUGACGUUGGGAGCUGUUACGCCGUCUGAGGAACCGUUGACGAGUUUUGAAGACGUUGAUUCAUCUGGUGACACUUCUGAAGAUCUCCACGGCUCCGCUGAAGUUCCCGAAUCUUCUGGAGAGCCAGAAGAUCUUAAAACUCCAACAUCUUCAGAACUUUUGACUUCUGAAGACCCGGAAAGCCCGAUCGAAGGGCCUGUGACCAUUCUACCACUAAAAGCGAGUCAAGAAGGCAAAAUGGAAGCUCUGGAUGCUCAUCUGGAGAUUAUCGGCGCUCCAGAAGGUGUCAUCUCCAUCGCGAGAGCUUCUAGACCCGGUGACGUCAUCAGAAACCUUCAAAUUGUGCUCCAAACUUCAAAAACGAACCGCUCCGAGCUGGCGGAGCUGUCCGUCGAACCAGCGGGCGCUCUUCAGAUCCGCCCGUCUCUCGUCUUGCCCGGAGAGCCUGCUUCUCUGUUUUUGGGCUCUCUGGAGCUUCUGAAACGCCUUCAGACGGUCGAGAUCAUCGCCAAGUACUCGGACUCGACGGUGACAAUCCGUCAACCUCUCCGUCUUCGGAUUGCCCAAGAUUCUGAAGAGUCGGCGGGGUCCGAAAUGUCUUCUCUUCGAGAAAUCGAAUUGACGGUCGUCGAGUCGGCCGAAUCGGGCCGAACCGUCGGAUCCGUCGACGGAGACAUGAAGAUUCUGGGCGGAAAUGAGGACCGAUUCUCGCUCGUCGGCAAUGAUAUCAUCGUGUCGUGCGGACACUUCGACACCGACAAAUGCCUUCAACACGACGAUCGGAAGACGUUCACGCUGAUGCUGAUGCCCAGAAACGGUACGUUGGCACCACUUCAGGUCACGAUUCGAGUGCAACAGCAUGCGAAUGUACGCACUUCCGACAACGUCAUCCGAAUCUCCGACAAUCGCAUCAUCAGCCCGUUUGCGGUGAUCACGGAGAGAACGUCGAAGAGCAUCACGUUGACCGGUGACGGGGCCAAGUUUUUGGGGUUCGUCAAGGCGGCGGAUGGCCUGUAUCAGGUCAGUACGAUGCUCCGAACUUCCGGCACACACUUAAAUCAAUCAAUAUUUCAGCUGAUCGUCGUCAAUUCCGCCGCUUCCGGUCGCUACACCCUUCAAAUUGGCGUCGAAGAUCCGGAGGAUACGCCCACGCGAUCAGUCGACGUGUUCGUCGAGAACUCGCUCGCGCACGCUCACUUCCGCAAAUCCAAGUACGAAAUGAGAGUAGAUGCGCGCCACGUCACAAAAGAUUUGAAAUUGACGCAAGUGGAACUGGAAGGAGUGCCCAUCGACGCGGCGAAGAUUAUGAUUCUGGACGCGAAUCCCGGAUGGGUUACGGUAGAGGAUUACGGUGGACACGUGAAAGUGGGCAAGUACGACGGGCCGGUGCUCAAUGGAAAGUACGCGAUUCGGAUUGGAGCCGUCGAUCGGAAGACGUGGACGAUUUUGACGGAAACUGUUUUGGAGUUGAGUGUGGAGAACGGGGAGGAGAAGGCGGAGGAGGAGAAGAAGAAGAAGAAGAAGAAGAAGACGGAGAGCCGCGUUAUUGAGGAGACGUUCGACAGGGAGAACGAGGAAAUGUUUGGAAUCGAGGUGGAGGAGGAGAAUCUCAAGUUGGACCCCAACUCGUUGUUCGGAAUCGACGAGAAGGGACGGAGAGUGCAAGUCGAACCGGUGAGUUGGCUGUAGGGUUCCAAGCGCGACAGUACCUCUAAGAGUGGUCUGACAGAAAUGUUGUCAACUACAAAAAUGCAGACCUAGUUAUGUGCUCUAUUUUUGUAGUUGACAUUUUUUCUGUACGACCACUCCCUAGAGUACUGUAACUGCUGGAAGUUGGUGCUGAAAUGCACGCGCGACCUCAGCGUGACCCAGCUUUCAAGAGCUACAGUACCCCAGGGAGUAGUCGUACAAAAAAGUUGUCAACUACAAAAAUAAAGUGCAAGAUGUGAACUUUACUUUUGUAGUUGACAACUUUUCUCUAAAACGACUUCCCAAAUUACUGUAGUUUGUUAAACCAAGAGUACUUUUUCAGACGUCGAUAACCAUGUCCAAAUCUCAUCUCAACAUCAACAAAGAUUCCCUGAAAUCGCUCCGAAUCUUGGGUUUCAGCCUCAAAUCCCAAGAGCCCGAUCUGAAAGUGUCCGUCGUUGUCCGUCUGAUUUCCUCGCCACAAUACCUGGAAACGAUGAGAAAGAAUGCGGCGCGCCCGGUUUAUCCGGAGCCGUGGAGCCGCGCGCAAAAUGUGAUCCACGUGGAGAUGAACGAGGAGUUGGCGCAAGGACAGGUCGUCGGCGUCUUUCCGGCCACGUCUCCUCUCGAUUCUGGAGUCACCGAGCCGUCGAAACUGUCUGGAGACAUGAGGGAGGCGUUCGAUUUCGACGAGACGAGCGGAGAGCUCAAGAUCCGGCAGAGAAUCGACUUCGAGUCGCUGUCCGAUGCCCAGAAGACGUUCGAUUUGACGUUGACGUCCGGAGAGCCGGGAUUUGAGAGCCAAGCCGUGCUGAGGGUGACGGUGGUCGAUGUCGACGACAAUUCUCCGAUCAUCGCCGACGUCGGCAUCGUUUCUGUUCCCGAGAAUCUGGCGGCCGGGUCGAAGAUCGUAGAAUUGAAUGUGAGGGAUCCGGACGGAAGUGCCAGUUAUCGAGUGAAUCUGUCUGGAAACGGCGCCGAAAAUUAUCGAGCUAAUAUUGUAGGCUAACAGUUUUAGUUGAGUCACAUCGCCCCCUUGCUUCUUGCUUCAGACCGCCAACGGAACGCUCUCAAUUUACGUGUCCGACGACGCUCGCAUCGAUCGUGAGCUCGAAGACGCGCACGCACUUCUCGUCCAAGUGUCCGACGUGUCCGGCAACUCGGACCGGAUCCUUGUGCCCAUCGUGAUUCUCGACGUCAACGACAAUGCGCCAGAGUUCAAGAAGAAGGUGUACGACGUGGAAGUGGUCGAGGACUGGCCGAGAGGAAUCAUUCUCGGAAGGAUUCUCGCGAAAGACGCGGAUUUGGGCACGGCGUCCGACGUCAGAUACAGAAUCGAGGGAGACGAUGAUGAUGACGGCGUCUUCGUCGCGGUCAACUCGACGUCUGGAGUGCUGACGGUGGCCGCAGAGCUUUGGGGAUUGGCGAGCCACGUGCCGUACAAGUAUCGAUUGAUCGCCGAGGAUUCUGGAGCGCCGCCGCUCAACUCGACGACGAUGUUGAGUGUGAGAGUUCGAGCGAAGGAGGAGCUGAUCACGGACACUUUUGUCGCGUUUUUGGAGCCGAAGAGCGGAGCACAAGUCGUUGUGAAAGAGGCAAGUAACUUCGAGAGGCUACAGUACCGCAGGAAGUGGUGCUAGCGAAAAGUGGUCAACUACAAAAGUAAAGUUUAAAAUGGGAACUCGACUUUUGUAGUUGACCACUUUUCGCUAGCACCUCUCCCUGCGAUACUGUAGCGGCUCGAAGUGGACAAUAGUCGGAUCGUUACAGAACGUGCCGCUCGACUCCAAAAUUCUCACCGCAAAGGCCGAGCUUCGUGGAAUUCCGUCGCAAACGCGCGCGACUCUUCUCUAUUCGCUAAAAGAUUUGCUCAACGACGAAAAAGAGCCGAGUUUCGCGAUUGACCGAAAAUCCGGUGACGUGUUCGCUGUCAAACCUGUCGAUUAUGAGAAGACGAACGAGUAUACGGUAUACGUUUUUCCACACUUUUUUUCCCGUUUUUUCCCCGUUUUUUUCCAUUUUUGACAAACUUUUUGCACAUUUUUUUCGCCCCCCUAUACCGUUCUAUUUGCCGUUUCGAUUAUCCCGAUUAUUGUGUCCCACAGAGGGUUUUACCCUAAACACAAACUUGUGACGAAAGAAACUGGUAGGUUUUUUUGUGAGCGACACCUUUUUUGUACAAUCAUUCCUAGAGGUACGGUAGCGUUUGGAAGUUAGGUCACCCUAAACGCGUUCAAGUUUCAGCGCCAACUUUCAAGAGCUACAGUAGGCCCAGGGAGUACAAAAAUACAGUACCUGAUGUGAACUUUUCCUCCAAAAACAUUUCAGACGCGCUUGACGUUUCGAGAACCUACAAUAUUCGUUCAAAGUUGACUUACCGAGACGUUGUGAAAAAGAAGGCUUAA